AUGAAGUCUUUCCAGUUUUGUGUCCUUUUCUGGUUCUGGAGAGCAAUGUAUUGCCACAGCUGUGAACUGACCAACAUCACCAUCACAGUGGAGAAGGAAGAGUGUCGUUUCUGCAUCAGCAUCAACACCACGUGGUGUGCAGGCUACUGCUACACCAGGGAUCUGGUGUAUAAAGACCCAGCCAGGCCCAACACCCAGAAAAUAUGCACCUUCAAGGAGCUGGUGUAUGAGACUGUGAAGCUGCCUGGCUGUGCUCACCAUGCAAGCUCCCUCUACACGUACCCAGUAGCCACUGAAUGUCACUGUGGCAAGUGUGACAGCGACAGCACUGACUGCACUGUACGAGGCCUGGGGCCCAGCUUCUGCUCCUUCAGCGAAAUGAAAGAGUAA